CAGGCUGCAGGUGUCACACCUGUGUCUCCUCGAAAGCGCCGCCCCUUAAAUCAGAUCUUAUCAAUGAGCUCAGGAUCAAUUUUGAUCACAUCCAUAGAUCUCCAGAGUGAACCCUCACAGACACGUUGGCAUCAGAUCUUUUUUCUUCUUUGUAUCGAUCAGUUUCUUGAAGCUCUAAGGUUUUCUUUCUUUUGUUUUACUUUUAUCCGUUUCUAAUUUUCGGGAGGUUGAACUUUUCCCCGGAAGUCGCCAGCUGCUGACCCGAGCGGCUGCUGCUGCAGGAGAAGAAGAAGAAGAAGAAGUUGGUGCUGUUCGCUCCUCUGGAUCAACCGACAACUUUACAACCGGAUCUUCUCUGAGCAGCGGGACCGGCGGGAUGGACACCGACGCGGCCUCACCGGACGCAGCUGAAGAUGUUCAGAUAAAAACAGAGCCUGACGGUGACGUGGAGAUCCAGUCCUAUCCUGUCCUCAUGAGGCUGUCCGUCAAACUGACGGACUGCAGGGCGUGGCUGCAGGGGCAGGACUUCCUGUCUCUUGAUGACCAUCCUCAGCUCUGUAAGCAGCAGUCCAGGCAGUACAACGCCACCAACACAGGCAGGAAGAUGAUCUACUGCUCUCUUUGUAACAAAGGUUUCUACAAGCAGUCUCACCUGGAAGCUCACCGGAGGACACACCGAGGACAGAAGGCCAACGAGUGCUGGCAGUGCGGGAAGACGUACCCAACCCUGAUGAGCCUGGUUCUCCACCAGCAGAUCCACGACCGUAAGGAGCCCUACCAGUGCUCGUACUGUGAUAAGACCUUUGCCCUGAAGAGGGACUGGAAGACCCACCAUCGGACUCACUCGGGAACCAAACCCUUCAAGUGCUGGUUCUGCGGGGACGGCUUCAGCCAGCAGGACGAGCUCAAUGAUCACCUGAAGGUGCACAAAGGGGAGAAAUGUUACCACUGCAAAGUCUGCAACAAGAUGUUCGUCUCCUACCAGGGCUUCAACUUCCACCGCAAGUCGCACAAGAACCCGAAGCUGCUGCCCUGCCUUAAGUGCAACAAGACCUUCAGCAACCCUCAGAGUCUGAAGCUCCACCAGGUGACUCACUCCAGCAGGAAGCCUCAUAAGUGCCCUACCUGCGGCAAAGGCUUCAAGCUGCUGAGUGGCCUGCGCUGCCACCAGAGGACCCACGAGGACCUGAAGGACUACCACUGCACCGAGUGCGGAAAGUGUUUCUCCAGCCUGCAGGGCCUGAAGCUGCACAACCGCACCCACACCGGACUCAAACCCUACAAGUGCACUGAUUGUGGGAAGAGGUUCACGCAGUCGCCCCACCUCAAGUCCCACAUGGUCACCCACACCGGAGAGCGGCCGUUCCUCUGCACCACCUGCGGGAAGAGAUUCACCCAGUCGUCCCACCUCAGGUCUCACAUCACGCUGUUCCACGUGGGCGAGAAGCCGUUCACCUGCGACGACUGUGGGAAGAGCUUCACCAUCGCUCACUACCUGAAGAUGCACCGGCUGAGCCACACCAAGGAGAAGCUGUACCAGUGCUCGUACUGCGAGAAGUCAUUUUCCUACCACAACUCCUGGAGGGCCCACGAGAGGAUCCACACCGGUGAGCGCCCAUUCAGCUGCCGGGACUGCGGCAUGAGUUUCAUCACGUCAGGCUCGCUGCUGAGCCACCAGAGGUCCAAACACACUGGAGAGAAGAGCCACUACUGCAUCACCUGUGGAGAGUUCUUCUUCACCAGCUCGCUGCUGCGCGUCCACCAGCUCGACCACACCGGUGAGCGGCCGCAUGCCUGCAGCUGCGGCAAGACAUUCAAAACUAAAGGCGUGCUGCGCUACCACCUGAAGAGGUUCACCGACCACCAGCCGACCAAGUGAGCCUGGAGACGUGAAGAUGCCUGGAGGAAGUCCGGACGGUGAGACACUUCCUCAGCAGGAGGAGAAGGAGGAAGCAGGAGUCAGAGCUGCUGUGAGGUGGAGGGACAGGUGAAGACACGCUGACACUGAUCUGCUCAGAUUGUGAGUGAUUCAGUGUGACGUCACUCCUUGAUGACAUCGUUAUCUCUGGAGAUCAGAGAGCAAAGACUCUGCAGACCUUCCCGGAGAAUCAUCAUGUUUUUAAGAGUGUAAUCUAUUACAUUGAUGAGUAAACUGCAAAACACUUUUAAUAGACGCUGAUUACUACAUGAAGCAUCAAGUGAAAAUGGGGACAAAGUUUCAGCUGAUGGUCAUACUUUAUCAUUGUCAUGAAUUUUUCUUCUACAGAUGAUGUAACUGAUACUUCCUGGCUGCUGUCAGCUGCUCACAAACAUCUUCAGAAUCUGACACUAAUAAACAUGAAUCACUGCUGCUUGUUCCAGAAACACUAGAGAGAAAACACUAGAAGACAUUUAGUGAAAAACAACCUUCAGCUCAUUUUAAAGGAGCAGUUCAACAUUUUUGUUUUUGUUUUCAGUCAAAUAAACCAUUAACAUCAGUUUGA